AGCGGAAGUGCGUCACAGGGGCGGGCGGCGGCGACGGCGGGUGGUGUCGGGGGCGCCUCCGGCGGACGGUGGUGGCGCCGGGCGGAGAGGCCGCGGUUGACCGGGUCGUUGAGGGGCGGCGGUGAGCUCGGGCCUGAGCGGCGGUGCCCGGGGGCGCGGGCGGAGCCCUGCGCCGGCCCAAGGCCCCAGCAAUGGCAGCGGCUACCAUAGUGCACGACACGUCGGAGGCGGUGGAGCUCUGCCCGCCGUACGGCCUGUACCUGAAGCCCAUCACCAAGAUGACCAUCAGCGUGGCGCUCCCGCAGCUGAAGCAGCCCGGGAAGUCCAUCUCCAACUGGGAGGUGAUGGAGAGGCUGAAGGGCAUGGUGCACAGUCACCAGUUCUCCACGCUGCGCAUCUCCAAGAGCACCAUGGACUUCAUCCGCUUCGAGGGUGAGGUGGAGAACAAGAGCCUGGUCAAGUCCUUCCUGGCCUGCCUGGACGGCAAGACCAUCAAGCUCAGCGGCUUCUCCGACAUCCUCAAGGUGCGCGCCGCCGAGUUCAAGAUCGAUUUCCCCACCCGCCACGACUGGGACUCUUUCUUCCGCGACGCCAAGGACAUGAACGAGACGCUGCCGGGGGAGCGGCCAGACACCAUCCACCUGGAGGGCCUGCCCUGCAAGUGGUUCGCCCUCAAGGAGUCGGGCUCCGAGAAGCCCAGUGAGGAGGUUCUGGUCAAGGUGUUCGAGAAGUUCGGGGAGAUCCGCAACGUGGACAUCCCCAUGCUGGACCCCUAUCGGGAGGAGAUGACUGGCCGCAACUUCCACACCUUCAGUUUCGGGGGACACUUGAACUUCGAGGCCUACGUGCAGUACCGCGAGUACGUGGGCUUCAUACAGGCCAUGAGCGCCCUGCGCGGGAUGAAGCUCAUGUACAAGGGUGAGGACGGCAAGGCCGUGGCCUGCAACAUCAAGGUUUCCUUUGACUCCACCAAACACCUGAGCGACGCCUCCAUUAAGAAACGGCAGCUCGAGAGGCAGAAGCUUCAGGAGCUGGAACAGCAGAGAGAAGAACAAAAGCGCCGAGAGAAGGAGGCCGAGGAGAGGCAGCGAGCGGAGGAACGCUGCCGCCGCCGAGACACCGAGUGA